UCCGGUUCUCGAUGCUUCUCUGAGCUUAAGGGUUUCCGCCACUCGUUUACCCUCCCCCCAGCUCAUGAUCCUCCUCCCUCCCCCGCCCUCCUGCUCCAAUCUCCGAUCUGUUUAGUAAGAAGGUGCUGUUCCGAGAAGGAGAAGGAAAAGGGCUUGGCGCGUAUUCACUCGGCCCCGGACGUGGGAAGCAAGCCGUCUGGCUUCGGCCUCACAUCGGUCCUGUGCUCGCGACGGCGGCGUUGGCGGACUGAUCCGCGGCGGUGAAGAGGCAGGAGGAGGGGGAGGGGCGGAGCGUGGCAGCUGGCAGUAGUUCCGUCAGAGCGGACAUCUUGUGGCUGUGUCGUGCGCAAGCUGGGAAGUUAAACUUGUAGCCACCACCUCCGGUCUUCCCGUCACCCUCGCCCCCACUUCGGGCCGAAAGCACGGCGCCUGUGUCUGGCAGAGCUGGUGUGAGACGAGACAAUCCUGCCCCGCCGCCGGGAUAAUCGAGUUUUGGCCGGACCUUUGAGCAUACACCGAGAGAGUGAGGAGCCAGACGACAAGCACACACUAUGGCGCUGAAACGGAUUAAUAAGGAACUUAGUGAUUUGGCCCGUGACCCUCCAGCACAAUGUUCUGCAGGUCCAGUUGGGGAUGAUAUGUUUCAUUGGCAAGCCACGAUUAUGGGACCUAAUGACAGCCCAUAUCAAGGCGGUGUAUUCUUUUUGACAAUUCAUUUUCCUACAGACUACCCCUUCAAACCACCUAAGGUUGCAUUUACAACAAGAAUUUAUCAUCCAAAUAUUAACAGUAAUGGCAGCAUUUGUCUCGAUAUUCUAAGAUCACAGUGGUCGCCUGCUUUAACAAUUUCUAAAGUUCUUUUAUCCAUUUGUUCACUGCUAUGUGAUCCAAACCCAGAUGACCCCCUAGUGCCAGAGAUUGCACGGAUCUAUAAAACAGACAGAGAUAAGUACAACAGAAUAUCUCGGGAAUGGACUCAGAAGUAUGCCAUGUGAUGCUACCUUAAAGUCAGAAUAACCUGCAUUAUAGCUGGAAUAAACUUUAAAUUACUGUUCCUUUUUUGAUUUUCUUAUCCGGCUGCUCCCCUAUCAGACCUCAUCUUUUUUAAUUUUAUUUUUUGUUUACCUCCCUCCAUUCAUUCACAUGCUCAUCUGAGAAGACUUAAGUUCUUCCAGCUUUGGACAAUAACUGCUUUUAGAAACUGUAAAGUAGUUACAAGAGAACAGUUGCCCAAGACUCAGAAUUUAAAAAAAAAAAAAAAAAAAAAAUGGAGCAUGUGUAUUAUGUGGCCAAUGUCUUCACUCUAACUUGGUUAUGAGACUAAAACCAUUCCUCACUGCUCUAACAUGCUGAAGAAAUCAUCUGAGGGGGAGGGAGAUGGAUGCUCACUUGUCACAUCAAAGGAUACAGCAUUAUUCUAGCAGCAUCCAUUGUUUAAGCCUUCCACUGUUAGAGAUUUGAGGUUACAUGAUAUACUUUAUGCUCAUAACUGAUGUGGCUGGAGAAUUGGUAUUGAAUUUAUAGCAUCAGCAGAACAGAAAAUGUGAUGUAUUUUAUGCAUGUCAAUAAAGGAAUGACCUGUUCUUGUUCUACAGAGAAUGGAAAUUGGAAGUCAAACACCCUUUGUAUUCCAAAAUAGGGUCUCAAACAUUUUGUAAUUUUCAUUUAAAUUGUUAGGAGGCUUGGAGCUAUUAGUUAAUCUAUCUUCCAAUACACUGUUUAAUAUAGCACUGAAUAAAUGAUGCAAGCUGUCAAUGGAUGAGUGAUCAACUAAUAGCUCUGCUAGUAAUUGAUUUAUUUUUCUUCAAUAAAGUUGCAUAAACCAAUGAGUUAGCUGCCUGGAUUAAUCAGUAUGGGAAACAAUCUUUUGUAAAUGCAAAGCUGUUUUUUGUAUAUACUGUUGGGAUUUGCUUCAUUGUUUGACAUCAAAUGAUGAUGUAAAGUUCAAAAGAGUGAAUAUUUUGCCAUGUUCAGUUAAAGUGCACAGUCUGUUACAGGUUGACACAUUGCUUGACCUGAUUUAUGCAGAAUUAAUAAGCUAUUUGGAUAGUGUAGCUUUAAUGUGCUGCACAUGAUACUGGCAGCCCUAGAGUUCAUAGAUGGACUUUUGGGACCCAGCAGUUUUGAAAUGUGUUUAUGGAGUUUAAGAAAUUUAUUUUCCAGGUGCAGCCCCUGUCUUAACUGAAAUUUCUCUUCACCUUGUACACUUGACAGCUGAAAAAAAAAACAUAACAUGGGAGUAAUAAUGGGUCAAAAUUUGCAAAAUAAAGUACUGUUUUGGUGUGGGAGUUGUCAUGAGGCUGUGUUGAAGUGACUUAUCUAUGUGGGAUAUUGAGUAUCCAUUGAAAUGGAUUUGUUCAGCCAUUUACAUUAAUGAGCAUUUAAAUGCAACAUAUCAUUUCAGGUGACUUAACAUGAAUGAAUAAAAGUCAAUGCUAUUGGAUUGUU